GGCACCACCCGUUCCGCGUCCGCUAGCUACUCAGGACGUAGACUGCACUUUUCUAGUACAAGACAUUCUAAAUUCUUCUAAAUAUAUGUAUGCCUUAAUCUCCUUUCACAUUUUAAGGGCGGCAUAAAAGGCGGCGUUCGAGACUUGUUCGACUGAAUAUCGAGUAACUUGCAACAAGGCAAACAUAACUAAAGGAUUUUUUUUUCAACUCAUUGGACAAUCAUUUUGAAACAGUGGUCGAGAAUUGAUCUGCCGGCGGAGAAUACGCGCCGAGAUGAAAGGGAAGGUGCUGUUGAUAUCUGUUCUUCUGGAGUUCUUCUCGUUUUGUUCAGCUCAACUAGAUGGUAAUGACUGCACCAAGGCCUCAGCUCAAUCUUGUGGUGAAUGUAUACAGGUUGGAGAAAAGUGUGGCUGGUGCUCCUAUGAAGCCUUUCUGAAGCAAGGUGAAUCCAAAUCAGCACGCUGUGAUGAAAUUGAGGCUCUGGUUAAGAAGGGCUGUCCUCCGAACAAUGUGGAAAAUCCUCGAGGCUCAGUCCUCGUCAAUGAGAACAAACCAGUCACAAACCGUGAGAAAGAUGAGAAACUGAACCAAAAAUUCAUUCAGAUUCAACCUCAGAAACUCACAAUCAACCUAAGAGCAGGUGAAUCUCAAAAGUUUACCCUGAAAUUUAAAAGGGCAGAGGAUUACCCCAUUGACUUGUACUACCUGAUGGACUUGAGUUUCUCCAUGAAAGAUGACCUGGAGAACGUGAAGAAUUUGGGAACAGACCUUAUGCGUGAGAUGCAGUCGGUCACGUCUGAUUUCAGAAUUGGUUUUGGUUCAUUUGUGGAAAAGACUGUGAUGCCCUACAUCAGUACAACCCCAGCUAAGUUGCUGAAUCCCUGCACUUCUGAUCAGAACUGCACAAGCCCCUUUAGUUAUAAAAAUGUACUAAGUUUGACUCCGGAUGGCAAUGAGUUUAACAGCCUCGUCAGCAAGCAACAGAUCUCUGGAAACCUGGACUCACCAGAGGGAGGCUUUGAUGCCAUCAUGCAAGUCGCUGUCUGUGGGAAUCAGAUUGGUUGGAGGGAUGUCACUCGACUGCUAGUGUUUUCCACUGAUGCUGGCUUUCACUUCGCGGGAGAUGGUAAACUGGGUGGCAUUGUACUUCCCAAUGAUGGAAAAUGCCACCUGAAGGAUAACAUGUACACAAUGAGCCAUUACUAUGACUACCCUUCAAUCGCGCAUCUUGUACAGAAACUGAGCGACAACAACAUUCAGACAAUUUUUGCGGUGACUGAGGAGUUUCAGCCUGUCUAUAAAGAGCUUAAAAAUCUUAUUCCAAAGUCAGCUGUGGGAACGCUGUCUGCAAACUCCAGUAAUGUGAUCAAACUCAUCAUCGAUGCAUACAAUUCGCUGUCAUCUGAGGUGAUCCUGGAAAAUAGCAAGCUGCCUGAGGGAGUGUCUAUCUCAUACGUGUCCCAUUGCAAGAACGGAGUGAGUGAAACGGGAGACAAUGGAAGAAAGUGCUCAAACAUUUCAAUUGGUGAUGAGGUGACCUUUGACAUAGCCAUCACCACUAAGGGCUGCCCAUCACAUAAUACAUCAGAGAUAAAGAUUAAGCCACUGGGCUUCAAUGAGGAGCUAGUGAUUGGUCUAAACUUCAUCUGCGAUUGUGAAUGUUCCAGAGAAGGAAUCCACAACAGUCCAGACUGUCACUUUGGCAAUGGAACCCUUGAGUGUGGAGCAUGCAGAUGCAAUGAGGGACGUAUUGGAAGGAUUUGUGAAUGUAGCAAAGAUGACGUCAGGGCUGAGGAUCUGGAUGCAAACUGCCGCAUGGGCAAUGGCACAGAUAUUUGUAGCAACAAUGGAGACUGCAUCUGUGGAACAUGUGAAUGCAAGAAGCGAGACAACCCAGAGGAGCGGUAUGAAGGAAAGUACUGCGAGUGUGACAACUUCAACUGUGACCGAUCCAACAACAAACUAUGUGGAGGUCAUGGUCAGUGUGUAUGCAGGGUGUGUGUGUGUGAUGCAAACUACACAGGCAGCGCAUGCGACUGUCCACUGGACAAGCAGCCCUGUGUGGCCAGUAAUGGACAGAUCUGUAAUGGUCGUGGGACCUGUGAUUGUGGUGUGUGUAAAUGCACUGACCAAAAGUUUCAAGGUUCCACCUGUGAGAUUUGCCCCACUUGUCCUGGAGUCUGCACUGAACACAAACCAUGUGUUCAGUGCCGUGCCUUUAACACAGGAGAAAUGAAAGAGAAUUGUGAAGAGAAAUGCAACUACUUUACACUAAUCAAGGUAAAGGAAAAGGAUGAACUUCCACAGCCAAACAGCCAGCCCUACCUUAGUCACUGCAAGGAGCGUGAUGCCAAUGACUGCUGGUUCUUCUUCACUUAUGCCACCAAGAAUGACAGUAUAGAGGUCUAUGUGGUCGAGAAACUGGAAUGCCCUACUGGCCCUGACAUUAUCCCAAUCGUAGCGGGUUUGGUUGCUGGCAUCGUUCUAAUUGGUCUGGCCCUCCUUUUUAUCUGGAAGCUGCUUAUGAUCAUUCAUGAUCGCAGAGAAUUCGCAAAGUUUGAAAAAGAGAAGAUGAAUGCCAAGUGGGAUGCGGGUGAGAAUCCCAUUUAUAAGAGUGCAGUGACAACAGUGGUUAAUCCCAAAUAUGAGGGAAAGUGAGGAACAAGCUGUCUAUGGCAAACACUGUAAGCGAAUAAGUUCAGGAGCAAAAGAGAUGUUUUUUAUUUCCAUCUACACGUUUUUGUUUUUAUCACACACAUUGUUAGCCUGUUCACAUCAUUUAUAAUCUGCUUAUUUUAUAUUUCUUUGUAUUAUGUAGUAAAUGCAUUGUCUUCUGAUAAAAAAAAUUAUAUUUGUUUGUCACAUGACUGGAUUUGGUCUGUAACAUGCAAGUCUUCUUUUGAAUGGAGUAAUGUUAUGCUAUUGUCAUGUUUUACUGUUGUAAUUUCAGACUCCUCCUGCACUGCACAUUAGUGCUCCCUUGCCACUUCUUAAAAAAAUGUGUAUGUGUGUGUAUAGAGAGAGAGAGAAACUAGGAAAGCACAAAUGUGCAUUUCAAUUAGAUCAGGACUGAGAAACUUUGUUAAUAGACUUUAUACAAAGAAAGAUUAUUGGUUUUAUAAACACCUGGUUAGUGAUACGUUUAUGGAAACAUUCUACAAAUUUGCAUCAUCAUUUCAUAUCUUAAUAAUUUGAAUACUCAAAUUUAUUACAGAGAUUUAAUGAAAAAUCUUAUUCACUGAUGUAGCAUGUAGCUGGUCACUGGUUUGAAAGUAUUUGGUGCUGUGUUCCGAAUUCUGUCAUUAGUGUUUUUUCUUUACCUAUACUCCUGAUUAUUUAGCUGUGCUAGGGGAUGAAAUACAAGAAAAGGUGCAGUGGAUAAGACUGACAACUACUCAUGGAUAUGUAUCUUGCAUGUAGCCCUGGUUGGUUUUUGUUUGGAUCUACCUUCAAGAUAAGACUGCCUGCUUUCUGUGAAUAUACUUUGAGAUGCACUCAAUAGAUUUUUAUUAUUGCGUACAAAAAUGACAUUGUCUUGCUAUUUGUUCUAAACUUCUAUUCUGAUUCUGAAGUUUUGUUGUUCAAACAUAGACAAUUUCACACUAUUACAACACUGUAUAAUUAAGAAACAGAACUGCAUUAUUAAUAAAUUUGAGUGCCGUGCCACUACUGUGUGGUGGACAGGAUCCCAAAGUCAUUGACUAUGAAACAUUGACCUGAAUGUGGGUGCAUCUCAGGGACAUGAACAACAGUAUGAUUAAUUUGAAUGUAUUUUUUAAAAUAUCUUUAGCAAUCAAACAACAAAUGUAUGUUGUGUGUAAUAACUUAAGUCUUCAAAAGUUUGAUGCUCAGGUUUCUAAUUUGUCUUGAUCAGCAAAACCAAAUACUUAGUCUUUUGUGCAAAACAUAGGCGAGCUUUAUUUUCAUUAUGCCAAGUUUAUUAACAGAAGUGCAAUUGUAAAACUUGAUUACUUUUUAUUGUUUCUCUAUUUGAUUCACUGUUGUCUAAAUAUCCAUUCACCUCGAGCCUAAGCUUGUGGGGUGAGGUGCAAUCAAUUAUGCAAUAAUCAUUUUUUGGACAUUGUGAGAAUUCAUUAUAUUCUAAACUGUCUUCUAAUACUGUUAUUUCCAAAAACCAUAUGCCUCACAAACUGCAUUUUAAAAGUACAAUUUAUUUGUACAUCAUGUUCACGUUUGAUUCUUUGUUUUAGUAGUUAUUUAUUAAAAAUAAAUGACCAAAAGAA